CUACUGCAUCGUCGAGUGAUUUAGCAUGCUGCAGCGCUUCGCCGUGCGAUCUAGCGCGGCCUCGGUGGCUCGUCAGCAGGGCCGCAAGGUCGCUGCUAAGCUGCAGGUUGCGUGCUUCUCGUCUGAGGACGACUGGCGCCUCUCGGACGAGGACUUUGACGAGGGAGCCGACAAAAUCAUCGACAAGGACCGCCGCGACUCGAUGCCGCGUCGCCAGAUUAUGCCCGAGGCUGCCAAGAAGAGCCGCUUCAUGGUCGUGUCCCCCGAGAACCGCGGCAAGGUGCGUCGUCGUCUCUUGGACGAAUUCAAGAAGGACGGCGUCACGCUCGCUGAUCCGGACCAGCCCGGCCAGUACCUCACGCCCGAUGCUGGCAUCCUGCAUGACAUCCGCGCCAUGAACAAGGAGGGCGACGAGAUGGAGCUCGCUGACGACGACGAAGAGGGAGAGAUCAACCUCGGCCGGAUGGGCCUGUUACGCCAGAUCGUACACGUGGAUCAGGUGCAGAAGGUCACGACACAGGAGCGUAUCGUUAACUUCCGCGCUCUCGUUGUCGUGGGCAACAUGCGCGGCGUUGCCGGUUACGCUGUGGGCAAGGGCUCGUCUCCGCCUAUCGCUAUCCAGCGUGGCACCAAGCUCGCCAUGAAGCGCUUCACGUACAUCGACCGCUUCGACGACCGCACGUUGUACCACGAGGUGCGUGGCAAGUGGAACAGCUGUACGCUGUUCCUGCGUCCGGCGCCCAAGGACAAGGGACUCACGGUGAGUGACACUGUGGCGUGUGUACUCGACUGCUUCGGCAUCACGGACAUUGUGUCCAAGACUCACGGCCAGCGCAACCCUUUCACUGUCGUCAAGGCUACGUUUGACGCGCUCUCCAAGCACGAGACGGCCGAGGAAAUGGCGCUGCGAACGGGUCACUCGCUCGUGGAGCUCAGCACUCUGGCGCGUAUGCGCAACCUGUAGACGUGUAGAGGAUGCUACGAUUUAAAAGCGAAGAAAAGGGUGUGCCUUACCCCGUUGCAUAGAGACAGAGAUUGUCAUUGAUCCAUACGAUACAAAGCUUGCGGUGGGCGUAA